UAAAUGUUGAGUCGUUUGGUUAACACAACUCCACGACGAGAGGAAAAAAAAAAAAGCUCAGAGAGACAAUCUCAAUGGCGAUGAUUACGCGCAACACCGCCACGCGCCUCCCUCUCCUCCUCCAAUCUCAACGCGCCGCCGCGGCUGCCUCGGUCUCUCACCUCCACACAUCCCUUCCCGCUCUAUCUCCCUCCACAUCACCGACUUCCUACACCAGACCUGGUCCUCCUUCGACUUCCCCUCCUCCUCCUGGUCUCUCUAAAGCGGCCGAAUUUGUGAUCUCCAAGGUCGAUGAUCUCAUGAAUUGGGCUCGUACGGGAUCGAUCUGGCCUAUGACCUUUGGUCUCGCUUGCUGCGCCGUCGAAAUGAUGCAUACCGGUGCUGCUCGCUACGAUCUCGAUCGAUUCGGUAUCAUCUUCAGACCUAGUCCUCGCCAGUCUGAUUGUAUGAUUGUCGCCGGGACUCUUACCAAUAAGAUGGCUCCGGCUCUUCGCAAGGUUUAUGACCAGAUGCCUGAGCCAAGCUUCAGAAGAAAAUCAACAGGCGCAAGGAUUUCUUGCAUUGGUGGAACAAGUGAGCUUCAAAUCCUUCCUCCAACCGUGAAAGGGACUUUUUCAGACAUUUUUAUCAAAGUUUGGGGCUAAUAAAUCGUGGACGUUUCAUUGCAUGUUUCUUUGUGGUGGAGAUGCCAUGUAAAGGAGUGUGUUUCUAAAUUUGUUGUGGAAACUUAAUAAACAUAAGAUGUUUGUUGUCUGAGUUCUUUUAUUAUAAAUCUACCAGUUUUCA